AUGGUUCUCAAACUUUACGGAUUCCACCUAUCCACCUGCACUCGUACGGUCGCGACAGUGUUGCACGAGAAACAAGUCCCCUUUGAAUUCAUCCAAGUCGAUCUUCUGAAAGGCGAGCAGAAAGCCCCAGAGUUCGUCGCCAAGCAACCGUUUGGACAGGUUCCUUACAUUGACGACGAUGGGUACAUCUUAUACGAAAGUAGGGCAAUCGCUCGUUACAUCGCGACCAAGUACGCCAAUCAGGGAACGCCCCUCCUCCCGAAGGAUUUAGAGGCAUACGGACUUUUCGAGCAAGCUGCAUCGGUCGAAGUCCAUAAUUUUAACCCGUACGCAUCGAAAGCCGUUGCCGAGAAUGUGUUCAAGAAGUACCGCGGGCUGAAUCCCGAUCCUGCCGUUUACGAAGCCGCCAUUGCUGCGUUGGACAAGAACCUGGUUGUGUAUGACCAAAUCCUGGGAAAGCAGAAAUAUCUUGCUGGCAAUGAAAUCACGCUCGCUGAUAUUUUCCACGUUGCCUAUGGCUCACUUCUCCCUGCGGCGGGGAGCGACACUAUAGAGUCGAAGCCCAAUGUUGACCGUUGGUUCAAGGAGGUGUCUGGGAGGGCGUCUUGGCAGGCUGUCAAGGAUGGCGUGAAGAGCACCACUUAA